CACCUGCCUCAUUUUUUCGAACAAUGUCUUCUUCAAACUUUGUCUCUUCCCUCUAUCUUGUAGCCUUUGCUGUCCUUCUCCAUACAGCUUUUGGAGCUGGCCCUCUCUUUCAUUUUUGUUCAAACCCUGAGAAUUUCACUGCCAAUGGCCCCUAUGAAACAAACUUGAACAAACUCACAAGUUCCCUCUACCUGAAAACUCCUCCUACAGGUUUUGGCAUGAGUAACGUGGGUGACAAACCAGACCAAACAUAUGGACUUGCUCUUUGUAGAGGUGAUGUCGCAACUUCGGACUGCAAAACCUGUGUUGCUGAUGCGAGCGGUGAAAUUCGCAAGCGUUGCCCAUACAACAAAGCUGCAAUCAUUUGGUAUGAUAACUGUCUUUUCAAGUACUCCGACAAGGACUUCUUUGGCCAAGUUGACUACAAAAACAGGUUCUAUAUGUGGAACGUGCAAAUUGUAAGCGAGCCAGAGGCUUUCAACCAAAAGACAAAGGGAUUGCUAAGCAAACUGGCUAAGGACGCUUACGCAACUCCCAAAUUGUAUGCAGUGGGGGAAAUGGAGCUUGGAAAAUCGAAGAAACUUUAUGGGUUGACUCAAUGCACUAGGGAUCUUUCUAGCACUGAUUGUAAGAAGUGUCUUGACGGCAUAAUUGGUGAACUUCCAAGCUGUUGUGACGGGAAAGAAGGAGGAAGAGUUGUUGGUGGAAGUUGUAACUUCAGAUAUGAGAUAUACCCCUUUGUUAAUGCAUAAAGUUUAACAUCCGGGGUUUAGGGGUCAUCCAUACUGUAAUAUUAUAUAAAUAAAUGGUUGCAAAAAGAAACAUUAUAGCCUUGUCCUGGGCUGAGAUGGACUUGCAGCCACUAAUUGUAUCUUUUCUACGUACGUUCUAGUCAUCAAUACAAUAUGUUGCUUUAAAUUAAAUAUAAA